AUGUCUUAUCCUAAAAUCCACUUCAUGUCUUAUCCUAAAAUCCACUUCAUGUCUUAUCCUAAAAUCCACUUCAUGUCUUAUCCUAAAAUCCACUUCAUGUUUUAUCCUAAAAUCCACUUUUUGUUUUAUCCUAAAAUCCACUUCAUGUCUUAUCCUAAAAUCCACUUCAUGUUUUAUCCUAAAAUCCACUUCAUGUUUUAUCCUAAAAUCCACUUCAUGUCUUAUCCUAAAAUCCACUUCAUGUCUUAUCCUAAAAUCCACCUCAUGUCUUAUCCUAAAAUCCACUUCAUGUCUUAUCCUAAAAUCCACUUCAUGUCUUAUCCUAAAAUCCACUUCAUGUCUUAUCCUAAAAUCCACUUCAUGUCUUAUCCUAAAAUCCACUUCAUGUCUUAUCCUAAAAUCCACUUCAUGUUUUAUCCUAAAAUCCACUUCAUGUCUUAUCCUAAAAUCCACUUCAUGUCUUAUCCUAAAAUCCACUUCAUGUCUUAUCCUAAAAUCCACUUCAUGUCUUAUCCUAAAAUCCACUUCAUGUCUUAUCCUAAAAUCCACUUCAUGUUUUAUCCUAAAAUCCACUUCAUGUCUUAUCCUAAAAUCCACUUCAUGUCUUAUCCUAAAAUCCACUUCAUGUCUUUUCCUAAAAUCCACUUCAUGUCUUAUCCUAAAAUCCGGAAAACGCACAUACCUAUAGUGGAUAUUCUUUCAGGUUUUGCAAUAUCUAUCAUGAAUCAUACGGAAUUUAUGGACUAG